GAUUACCGGGCAUCACCGACGCAAGCAAAAAAAUAUCAUCCACAUCUCCUGACACCCAAGACUCUGGACUGAUAACAUCCCCACAUAUUAAGAAUAAUAUAAAGGAAUGGCUGCCUGAUGCAAAGAACUUGCUACCUAAUUAUUUUACUACGCUAGAAAAGAGACCGGAUAAAAAUAGAUUCACUGACGGUAUCCUUGUGUACUUACAUCUCAAUAAAGCAGCAGGAACCACAACUAAAGAUUGCCUGUUUCAAGUUGCGUCUAACCGCUCCGUUCCAGGACUAGUCAAACAGGUGAAGCAAGCAAGAGAGGAGAUAGAAAAAGACAUAGAAACUGGAACAAAAUAUAGCAUUCUAAUGGGCGAUUAUACGUUUGGGAUAUGUGAUGCAUUCAGCAAUAAAAGCUGUUCUUAUUUUACUGUCUUGAGAGAUCCAUACGAAAGGCUUGUAUCGUCGUUUGCAUACUGCAGAAGGGCCAAAGAUCAGUUAUGCGAAGGACUAGAUCCCUGGAACGCAACCCUCAAAGAGUGGGCCAUCCAUCAAGGCAGUUAUUUUUUCAGACAGCUGAUGGUGAAACCAUGGUUCUGCGGUGAAAACCCUGAAUAUGCAAAGCUGGGCUUGGGAAAGAUACAUCACAGCAACGGAACCACCUUUUCACGUUCACCAUGCUGGUUCAAGCAAAAGGUUAUUCUUAAUCAUUCUCUGACACAAGCCAACAUGGACAAAAUUCUUGACUACUGUGUCAGUAAUCUGGAAAAAUGGUUUUCUGUUAUUGGACUGGUCAAACACUAUGACCUUACUCUCGCAAUGCUUGAAAAGGUUUACCAAUUACCUUUCCCUAAGAAAUGUUCAGGCCAAAAAAAAAACAAGUCAAACUAUAGAACAUUAACAAAUAGAAUAAUCAAAGGGGAAAACACAACUCAAACUAUUUCUAUCUCUAUCAAAAAAAUUAAAGAUGAUCCAGAUGUGAUUUAUGCUCUCCGACAUGAUAUAGCGUUAUAUAAAAAGGCUGAAGAGAUUUUCGAGCGCCAAAAAAGGUCAUUUAUUACAGGGACCCUACCCGUUACCUACAAUGUGUAACAGGAUAUCCGAACAGUUUACUGACCAUGCAGUCGCUUUGGAAGGAGAUCUACAUGUAUAUGACGUUUUGGAGAAUGACGGUGUGCCUGCCACCGAGAUGUUGAGAGUUGAGCAUCAAUUGGUGGUCUCAAGUUUAUUUUUGAUUAUUGGUACUAGCUCGGCUUGAAUCUGAUAAGAUCCAAAUGCGACUGCAUGUGAAAUAAAUAAACAAACUAGUACGAUGUUUUCUUAAUAGGUAAAAAUAAUUUCGAAUCUGUAGCAUCAUACAGAUUAUCAAGAAUGAUAAAUUCUCUGAAGUAUUGUUAAAAUCUUUGACAGUUCAAAUCUGUUUUUUGUAGAACAUAUUUUAUUCAACAAUAUCAAAAUCUUUAAUAAUUACAUUUUGGUUAACGGUUUGACCUUUAAACAUUUUGAAACAAAUGAUAAAGGUAAGAAUAUAAAAAAGAAAAAUAGUUUAUAAAAAAUGGCAUUAUAAUUAAAAAAUCAAGAAUCAUUUCCUUGUUUCAUUUGCAAGUCAUCCCUAUAGCAAGGCCGAUGAAUUGAAACGAUUCUUUUAUCAAUUUGAAAAAUAAAAUGACGGGGAAUUCGAAACCCUUGAUGAUCCAUAUUCUUGUCGACCGACGCAAAGGGCAAGGACAGAGACAAUUAGUGAAUCAAUAAAGCAAGUCAAUCCACGCAAAGCGAGUGGUCCUGAUUAUGUCACUGGGAAGUUUCUCAAAUAAUGCACUCAUCAGCUUGCAGCCCCGUAUAAUACAUUGUUACAUUGUUAAAAAAGUCGCUGAUAAUGCACACCGUCCUUGAUUUGUGGAAGUCCGCCGUCAUUGCUCCCGACGCUAAGAAACUAAGAGAAAGAGUGAUUAUCGCUCGGUUACCGUGACGUCGAUAUUUAUGAAGUUAUAGGGAUUGCCAGAUGUAUGAUGAUAACUUAUGCAUUUUUAGAUGUUUAGCUCUAUUUCAAGGUGCUAAUUCUCAUGGUCUUGAAACUACAGCUAAAAGAUUAUUUAAACAGUAUGUGCCUCACAUACAAAAUUCAGAUUUUGAAGGAAUAGAUCUAAGCAAAUUGGAAAAAGUCGAAGAAUUCUUCAAGAUUAAAAUCAUGGUGUACGAAUUACAGCCAGUCGAAUGUACCAACGGUGAUAAUAUUCCUCUUGAAAAUGAAGGUGAAUUGGUAAAUAGUGAAAGUACAGUUGCUGCUAAGCUCGUGAGACGAGGACUGGACAAGUUUCCGGAAACAAUGUAUGUCAAUCUAUAUGAAAACCAUUUUAGUUUCAUCUCAGAUAUUGACAGAUAUUGUCAAAACUAUCAAUGUCGUACAUGUGACAAACUAUGAAAAACCCGUAAAUCACUUCAUCGACACGAGAAAAUAUGUACUUCUACAGCCACCAAGCAUAUUUUCCCCACGGGCAGGGCUACAUUCCAUAACCCUUUGACCAUAUGGGAAGAGCUGGCUGAGGAAGACAUCUCUGUCGAAGAAGAACGGCGCUACUUUCCAUACUUUGCCACAUUUGACAUGGAAUCCUAUCUCGAGAAGAUUGACAAUAAUAUAGAUACCAACAAUGCUCCAACUGAAAAACUAAUGUUUACCUCAAGACACAUCCCUAUGAGCAUGAGUAUCAACUCAAAUAUUCCUGGGUACACAGAACCAUACUGCCAAGUGUCUGAUGGAGACUGCCAAAAAUUAAUUGAUGACUCGAUAUUGUACCUCCUGCUCUCUCCUAGAAUCUUCUUACCAGGAUGUGAUUGAAAAAUUAGAUGAAACAAUACAAGAAUACGAGAGUUGGCAGAAGGCAAACAAUGAAACGCCUCACAAAGCUACACAUCUUCAGAGAUUGAAGAAGCGUUUCAUGAACCAUAUCAUAGAACUCCCUGUGGUUGGGUCCAAUUCCGGGAGGUAUGAUAUCAAUGCCAUCAAACAAUACCUCUAUCCUUCACUUCUACAGUUUGAUUCUGUUGAUUACGUCAUCAAGCGGAACCAUAAUCAUAUGGCUCUAAAAUCAAAGCACCUUCAGUUUCUUGAUAUUUCUAACUUUCUUGCACCUGGCUUUUCAUACGCAGCCUUUCUUAAAGCAUAUGACUGUGAACAAAUGAAAGGUUUCUUUCCUCACGGGUGGGUAGAUUGUCUGGAAAAACUCAAAAUACCUGAACUUCCCCUUAUUGAAACUUUCAGCAACAAUCUCAAUCAUACUGCUUUAUCACAAGACCAAUAUUAAUACUGUCAGCGAAUCUGGAAAGAGAAUAACAUGAGAAGUCUAAGAGAUUAUCUAAUAUGGUACAAUAACCUCGAUGUUACACCGUUCAUUGAGGCGGUAGAGAAAAUGCGCGAUUUUUACAAGAAUCUUAAAAUCGAUCUGUUCAAAGAUGGUAUUUCUGUACCUGGACUCACCAUAAAAUACCUCAUGAAGUGUAGUCCAGAUACAAAUUUCAGCGUAAUCUCUGAGAAAGACAAGGAUCUUUAUUAUACUUUCCGCGAUAAUCUGGUAGGAGGUCCAUCCAUUAUAUUUCAUAGGUAUCAUGAACGUGGUGAAACAACGAUUCGUGGGGGCAAGCCAUGUGAAAAGCUCAUAUGUUUCGAUGCAAAUGCCUUGUACCUGCAUGCAAUAAUGCAAAAUAUGCCAACAGGGCACUUUGUCAGACGAAGGGCAGAUAAUGAUUUCAAGCCUGAAAAUAGGCAUCCAAUCGCUCAAGAAUGGCUUCAAUAUCAAGUUUCCUCUCUACAGAUCCCUAUCCGACAUGCAGGUAAUCAUUCAAAAAAGAGAGUUGGUCCCCUUCAGCUCCCUGUCGAUGUUUUUUGUGCUCAAACUAAACAGGUAUUUGAAUUCCAUGGAUGUUACUUCCAUGGACAUUCAUGCCAUCUGAAUAAAGACCAGACCAAAAAUACGAAGCUUGGGAAGUCUAUGGCAGACUUACUCAAAAAGACUCAAGAGAAACAAGAAUAUGUAGAAGGGUUGUGAUACGAAUACAUCUCCAUCUGGGAAUGCCAAUAUAAAAAAAUGCGUAAAACUGAUCCCAAGCUCAGUGCAUUUCUUACAAAGACUUUCCCCUCCUAAAUACCGUCAAGGGAUUAACCCAAGACAACCUUCUCUCUGCUAUUCAUCAUGGUGCCCUGUUUGGGUUUGUACAGUGUGAUAUUAAGGUCCCUGAUCAUCUCAGGGAAAACUUCUCUGAAAUGUGUCCUAUUUUCAAAAAUGUGGAUAUAUCUAGAGGAGAUAUCGGAGAUGUGAUGGGAUUCUAUGCCAAGGAACAUGGUAUCAUGAAAACUCCAAGGCGUAGUCUGAUCGGUAGUAUGUUUGGUAAGAACAUUCUGCUCUACACACCACUUCUAAGAUGGUACGUAAACCAUGGAUUGGUGGUCAGCAAGAUCCACCGAUUCAUUGAGUACAAACCAGUUGCCUGCUUCAAGCACUUUGGUGAAAGCGUUUCAAAAGCUCGACGCAAAGGUGAUGUUGAUCCCUCGAAGAGCAUUAUCGCCGACACCAUGAAGCUGAAAUGCAAUUCGUCUUACGACAAGACGAUUACUAAUAAGGAAAUACAUCGAAAUGUUAAUGUCUGUGAUGAGGCUAAAGCCCAGAAACAUGUCAACAAUACCCUUUUCAGGGAUCUAAACCCAAUCUCUGACAAUUGCUAUGAAGUUGAUAUGGCUAAACGAAAGGUCAAUAUGGACCUGCCAGUUCAGAUUAGUCAUGCUGUAUACCAGUUGGCCAAACUGCGCAUGCUACAGUUCUAUUAUGACUUUCUGCUAAAAUAUGUUGAGCCAUCCGAUUUUCAAAUGUGUGAAAUGGACACAGAUUCCGCUUACAUCGCCAUUUCAUCCGAUUCUUUCGAUGACAUAAUCAAACCAUGUAUGAGGGAAAGAUACGAAAAAGACAAAGCCAACUGGUUCCCUCGAAAUGAUACCCUGGAGAAUGCUCGAUAUGAUAAGAGAACUCAUGGGUUGUUCAAAGUAGAGUGGAAAGGCGAUGGAAUCAUAGCCCUCUGCAGUAAAACUUAUUAUUGCUUUGGUGCUACUGACAAAUUCAGCUGCAAGGGUGUUAAUAACAAGCAAAAUAACAUAACAAAAGAUGUGUACUUGAACGUUCUUCGUUCACAAGUUGCUGGGAGUGGUGUAAACAAAGGUUUUCGCGUUGUCCAAAAUGGAAUCUCCACCUACUCUCAAAUAAAGAAUGCAUUCACCUAUUUCUAUCCAAAAAGAAAAGUAUUGGAUGAUAAUGUAUCCACUACCUACUAAGAUAUCUGACAUUUGCAAUUUUUAUUCCAUCCAAACUUUCUAUCAGAACAUUCCCUCUUCAAUGCAUUGAAUUUAAAAGUUAGCUGUGAUAUAUCCGUGUCAAAUUCAUACAUUUUGGAAAAUAACCUGCAAAAAAAAUUUCCUUUGGUAAACUAUUUGUAUACCAUGUUAGUUGAGAGUAAUCCUGUGGAUUAGGAAUUAUGUAUAAAAGGUAAUGGUGUUCAAAUCAAAAUUUUAUUGAUUUUUGUGGUACAUUUACACACUCUUUAAUUGGAGCAAUUGUUUUUUAACAAUUCUUUUCAACAAUAUGAAUUCACAAUUGCUGAAGUAAAAGUAACUUUUACGAAAUGUUGCACACUUUGCUUUCACAAUCUGUUUUCAAUAAUGUAUAUUGAGUUCACAAUUAUUAGAAUACAAUUUACUUUCACAAAAUAUAAUAAACCCCUUUGCAACAAUUUGCUUUCAUCCAUUUGAAAUAAGAGAAUGGUCUUAAGAAUAUUUCAUUAUUGUAUCAAACCUGACGAUGUACUUUGUUGUUGUUGAAUAUAGCAUAAUGUUAUAUUUUUGUAUUACAAUCCGAGUUGACUUGUAUUUUGAUUCAGAUAAUCAUAUGUACCUUAAAAUGUACAUGUACCAUGUAUACGUUGGUAUUUCACAGAUUUAUGGAUGUAAACGAAACAUCAUCUGAUAGUUAAUUGCAUUCAGUAAAGUUUGUUUAAAAGAUGUAUUGAAUAUUUGGGGAUGUUACCAAGAACAUGUUUAGUGAAAAAUCAUAACGGUGAAUUCAUCAUUGAUAUAGUUACAUGCUAUUCUUGUAUAUGCAACAUAAGAAACAACACAUAUUUCUUUUCACAGUAUAAAGUUUUGUAAAUAUUUACCUAUUAGUUUUACACUUUUAAAAUACUGUAUGAAAUGUAGUAGAGUGAUAGUCAUUAUACAAUCCUCUUUUAUAUGAUUCGAAUUGCGAUUGCUUUAAUUGAAAAUGUAUUCUCGUUUGUACUUCUCGUCUCUAAAGUAAAAAAAAAAGAAGAAAUUAAGUUAGGCUUUGACUUUGUCCGUAAUAUUGUAAAAACAACCAACGUGUAAUUUGAUUUUGUUAUCCUGUUUGGUACUGUUUAAAAUUGCAAACAUGAUAAAGUCAUGAAAUUUACUUUAAGAAGGUAUGAAUUACAUUUUUUUUUUUUUUUCAUUUCAGUGUACAUACAUUUAUUUUAAUCAUUAUGAUACAUUAUUUGUAAAAAAAAAAAAAAAAAAAAGAUACAGCAAAGUGUAAUUGUGCAAGAUCAUAAUCUGCAGGUCAAUAUAACUAUAUCUAAAUUACAUAUUAUUUGUGUUCCAUCUAUCAAUAUGUAUAUAUUGUUUUGUUCAUGUAAUUAUGGUGUGAUAAAAAUAUAAUAAAUUUACAU